AUGGUGAUCAGGGAUUAUUUGCUCAAAGGUGUAUCAAAGGCUUCUGAUAGCACCAGCUUAGAUUUUCGUAGAUUGUGCCCUAUGACAGCCAUCUGUGAAAAUAAUGCCAAAUGUAGAGGACACAGCAGAGUACCCACAUUCUACUGGUAUAAGUGGAAUGAGCCUACAAAGAAUAUUGGUGGUGAUGAAGCUGAGUCUAUCAGCAAUGGCUCUUCAGUUUUAUCAUCUCACAGAAAUUCUCCUAGUGAUGACAAAGCACAGCUUGUUCAUAAAUAUAAAGAUGAUGUUUAUUCUUCACUACUUAUGAAAAAACAAAAAUCACACAUUAGGGAAAAACCUUAUCGGUGCAAUGAGUGUGGCAAGCUCUUCAGUUAUACUUCUCUAGCACGUCAUCAGCAAAUUCAUAUUGGAGAAAAACUUCACACAUGUGUUGAAUGGGGUAAGGCUUUUUCUUGGUGUUCUUAUCUUUUGGUACACGAGAGGAAUCAUACGGGAACAAAACCUUACAAAUGUAAUGAAUGUGUCAAGGUCUUUACUCAGAAUUCACACCUUACAAGUCAUCGGAGAAUACAUACUGGAGAGAAACCAUACAACUGUAAUGAUUGUGGCAAAGCCUUUAGUGUUCGUUCAAACGUAACUAAUCAUCAAGUAGUCCAUACUGGAGAAAAACCCUACAAAUGUUCAGAGUGUGGCAAGGUCUUCACUCAGAAUUCACACCUGGCGAAUCAUCGGAGAAUACAUACUGGAGAGAAACCAUACAAGUAUAAGGAGUGUGGAAAAGCCUUUAGUGUGUAUUCCAGCCUCAUUACCCAUCAGGUAAUUCAUACUGGAGAAAAACCUUACAGUAAGUGUGAUGAGUGUGGCAAAGUCUUCACUCAAAAUUCACAUCUUGCAAGUCAUCGUGGAGUCCACAGUGGGGAGAAGCCUAACAAGUGUGAAGAAUGUGGCAGGGUCUUCAGUCAGACUUCAAAUCUUUCAAGACAUUGGAGAGUUCGUACUGGAGAGAAGCCUUACAGGUGCAGUGAAUGUGGCAAAGCCUUUAGUGUGCGUUCAAGCCUAACUUCCCAUCAGGUAGUCCAUACUGGAGAAAAAAAAUCUUACAAAUGUAACGAAUGUGGCAAGGUCUUCAGCCAAACCUCAAGCCUUGCAAUUCAUCAGAGAAUUCACACUGGAGAGAAACCUUACAGGUGCAAUGAGUGUGGGAAAGCCUUUAAUUCCCAUUCAAACCUAAAUACCCAUCAGAUAAUCCAUACUGGAGAAAAACCCUACAAAUGUCUGGAAUGUGGAAAUUCACACCUUGCAAAUCAUCACAGAACCCAUACAGGAGAGAAACCUUACAAGUGUGAUGAAUGUGGCAAAGCCUUCAGUGUGUACUCAAGUCUGACUACCCAUCAGGCAAUCCAUACUGAAGAAAAACCUUACAAGUAUGACGACCGUGGUAAGGUCUUCACUCUGAAUUCACACUUAGCAAGUCACUGGAGAACUCACACUGGAGAAAAACCUUACAAGCAUAAUAAGUGUGGUAAAGCCUUUAGUGUACGUCCAAGCUUGAGUACCCAUCAGGCAGUCCAUACUGGAGAAAAACCUUACACAUGUAGUUAGUGUGGCAAGCUUUUUAGUUGAAGUUCCAACCUUGCAAGUCAUUGGAGACUUCAUAUUGGACAGAAACAUAAGUGA